AUGGCGCAUUUCUCAACUCCGAUAUCCUCCAUGGAUGCUGCUGCAGCCCUUUGUCUUUUCCUUAUUCUAGCCACCAUGAUCGCCUCUCCUGCUGUCUAUGCACAACAAACCAACAACAGAGGGUGCAUCACAAGCGAGAGGGAUGCACUGCUGUCAUUCAGAGCUGGCAUCAGAAGCGAUCCACAAAACCUCUUUUCUUCUUGGAAUGGCCAGGAUUGCUGUCAGUGGAGUGGUGUCAGGUGCAGUAACAUGACAGGCCAUGUCAACAAGCUUGACCUCCGCAACAAUCUCUUCUUGGACGACAUCUUCCGUUCCUUUCACAGUGAAAAUCCUCAUGGAAUGCGUGGGAACAUCAGUUCUUCCUUAGUUGCUUUGCAUCAUCUGGAGUAUCUAGAUCUCAGUGGAAACUAUCUCGGUGGAGUAGGUGUGCACAUACCCAGAUUCUUCGCCUCCUUCCAAAGCUUGGUAUAUCUCAACCUCUCUUGCAUGGAUUUUUAUGGUAACGUGCCUCCUCAACUUGGUAACUUAUCCAGAUUGCUAUAUCUUGACAUCAACAAUGCUUGGUACACUGAUGGUUAUGGCAGUAUGCUGUACAUCGAGGAUAUCUCAUGGUUGCCGCGUCUUCCUUUGUUAAGAUUUCUCGACAUUAGUAGUGUGGAUCUCAGUGCCACUGGCAAUUGGCUUCAAGCAGUUAACAAGUUACCUAAUCUAAGAGCCCUUCUUGUCCAUAACUGUAAACUUGUUUUUCCACUCGUGCCUGUUGUGCAUUCUAACCUCACGUCACUUGAGGUGCUUGAUCUAAGUGAUAGUGGGUUUGACACCAUUAAUCCAGCCUACUGGUUCUGGGAUUUCGGCAUCAUCAGGCAUCUUGACCUUACAAACAAUGAACUUUCUGAAGCAUUUCCAGAUGCAAUGGGAAACAUGACUUCGCUUGAGGUACUUCAUCUUGGAGGCAAUAAUCUCACGGGUGUAAAACUGAAGGUACUGGAAAAUCUAUGCAAUUUGAGAGUUCUUACGCUGUGGUCAAACCUGAUCAAUCAGGACAUUUCACAAUUUUUGGAGGGGUUGCCUCGCUGUGCAUGGAGUAAGAUUGAGUUGUUGGAUAUGUCUUGCACGAAUCUCACUGGGGAAAUUCCAAAGUGGAUAAAUCAGUGGACUGAUUUGAGCAUUCUUCAGCUCUCUUCUAAUAUGCUUGAAGGAUCAGUACCUCUAGAAAUUUUUAUGCUCAGCAAACUCAAACUAUUGUAUCUAGAUGGCAACUACUUCAACGGUUCUAUUUCAGAGGAGCAUCUUGCCACCUUAGUGAAUUUGGAGGAAUUGGAUUUGUCUUACAACUCCCUACACAUGAUGAUCAGCUCAAACUGGAUCCCACCUUUUCAAUUGCAUUGGGCAUAUUUCGCAGGUUGCAAAAUGGGGCCUCAUUUUCCUCUGUGGCUAAAAGGGCAGAGGGAUGUUAUUUAUCUUGACAUUUCUGAUGCAGGCAUAGUUGACAACCUUCCGGAUUGGUUUUGGAGUGUGUUUUCAAAUGUUAUAUAUUUGAACAUCUCUUUUAACCAAAUCAGUGGCAUGUUGCCAGGGACUCUUGAGUUUAUGUCUUCAGCAGUAAUAUUUGACCUGAACUCCAACAACCUCACUGGCACCCUACCGCAGUUGCCAAGGCAAUUGGCGGAACUUGACAUUUCCAGAAACUCUCUAUCAGGGCCACUGCCACAAAACUUUGGAGCUCCGCUACUUGAAGAGCUAUUGCUUUCUGAGAACAGUAUCAAUGGCACUAUUCCAAUAUAUAUUUGCAAGCUGCAGUUAUUGCUAGUUCUGGAUUUAGCAAAGAACUUCCUGGUAGGACACCUCCCACGGUGUUCAGAAGAAACUACAAAACCGAGCAGAUCCAUUUUAGCUCUAGUUUUGCAUGAGAACAACUUGUCCGGUGAAUUCCCUUCAUUCUUGGAGAGCUGCUCCCAGUUGGUUCUACUUGAUCUUGCCUACAACAACUUUGUUGGAGAGUUGCCAACAUGGUUAGCAGACAAACUGCCAGAUUUGUCUUAUCUUCGGUUGGGUCAUAAUAGGUUCUCUGGCUCUAUUCCAGUUCAGCUCACACAGCUUGGACACCUACAGUAUGUGGACCUUGCAUAUAACAGAAUAGCAGGAUCUAUACCUCGUACACUGGCCAACUUAAAAGCAAUGGCGCAGGUGACAGAAGCAUUAUGGCAUCCCUUAGUGUGGGGAUAUGAAAGGCCAGCGAACCCUGACACGAACGAUUCGCCAAAAUACGAUGACAGUUUAGUAGUGGUAAUGAAAGGCCAAUACCUUAAUUACACCAGGAACAUCGUCUAUAUGGUUGGCCUUGACUUGUCGUGCAACAAUCUGGUCGGAGAGAUUCCAGAUGAGUUAACUUCUCUUGUUGAACUUAAGAUGCUGAACAUCUCCCAUAAUCAUUUGUCCGGUAGGAUCCCCGAGAAGGUUAGUUUGCUGCGAUCAUUGGAGUCUCUCGACCUGUCGAGCAAUGAACUGUCUGGUGAUAUUCCUUCUGGUCUCGCAGACAUCACAACAUUAAGCAAGCUAGACCUGUCGUACAAUAAUCUUUCAGGAAGGAUACCCAUGGGGAACCAGCUGCAGUCACUCAUCGACCCAGAGUCAUCGUAUAUCGGCAACAACUAUCUCUGUGGACCUCCUCUUUCCAGGACUUGUUCGGAGCCUGAUGCAACUGGACGCGAUAUUGAGGAGCAUCAACAACAUGAGGCCAAGUACUUUUAUCUUGGGCUGGCUGCAGGAUUUGUCUUUGGUCUUUGGUUGGUCUUCAUCAUCUUCCUAUUUCGUUCAUGUGCUGGGUCUGCAAGAAGCGGAGCAGUGUCAUCGCGCCGGACACGUUUGCCUGAAGGAUUGGCGCUGCAGCUUCGUCAUGGGUGAAAAGCAAGACCGGUAAAGCCCGUAGUGAUAUUUUUUAUUUUUUAUUUUGCAUUUGACUUGAGCAUUAUUGUUGUUGGAACUAGUAGUCUUGAUACUACUGCAUGAUGUUGUGAUGUGGACAGUUUGGAA